AUGCUUCUCGUUCCCGCAUUCUUCCGCGUCUUAGCCAUGGCACUGGGCAUCAGCCUAUUGUCCAUCGUGUCUGCGUUGCCUUCUAAUCGGCGUACCGUGAUUCACGUCACAUUCGACCCAGGGGACGCCUAUGAGGGAGUUCCGUGUGAACAGGAACAACGAGUCGAAGAGUACUUGAAGAAGAACUUUCGUGGCGAAAUCUCUUGGACUAAUAGAUAUUCAACCGCACAAGACCCAAGCCAUGCUCGAAUCCGGAUCAGGACGGAUAUGAGUGUAAUGGAGACGUUCGCCAUUGCGAUUGUGGAUACAACUGAAUUCAAAGGUGGAAACGUGCUUGGUGUGUUUAAAGCCACAGGAAAUGCUGAAGAUGGAGACUUCGAUGGGUUGCUGAAGACUUUCAAGCAAACGUAUCCUGCUUCAGCGGCUGCCGGUAGGAUGUAG